AUGGCGAGCCAAGUCACUGCCUCCCCCAACUUUGAGGGAUGGUACAUUCACCCAGACGGCACGACCGAGCCUCUCACAUGCCCCCGGGGCACCUUCGCCACGUCCGGCACGUACGCCGUGUGCUGCGACAAGAGCACCCGGUGCCCGAUGCCGACGGCCUGCCACGACAACAAGAUCAGCUACGACAACUUCGCCGUCGGCGCCUGCCCGGGCUCCGCCGUCUGCCAGACCAUGUCCAUCAUGUCCGCGCCCGGGGCCCGCGCCGACGUCACCUCGAGCAUCUUCUGCGCGCAGUACUGGUACGCCCUCGAGGCCUACCGCGACACCGUCCCCGUCACCCCCACCACCACCAAGACGACGAGCACCAAGCCCUCCUCCGCCUCGACUGGCAGCACGCCCACGAGCAACUCGGCCAGCGUCACGACGUCGCCAAGCAGCAGCACCCCCUCUAGCCCGACAGCCUCACCGACCGAGUCCGCAGGCGCCGGCGGUGGUGGAGGCGCGAGCAAGGCUUGGAUCGCCGGCGCGGUCGUGGGGCCGGUGGCCGGGCUGGCGCUGCUCGGGCUCGCGGUCUGGUUCUUCCGGCGGCGCGGGGCGGCGGCGCGGGGGAGGAGCAAGGUGGACGCCGCGGAGGCGCCGCAGGAGAUGGGCGGCGGCGACGGCAACUGGCAGAACAAGCAGUACUACGGCGCCUCGCACCCCAAGUCGGAGUCGACAUCGGCGGGCUACUACGCGCCGGUGCAGCAGAACCAGGUCCACGAGCUGCCCAGCGGCGACCACCAGCAGAGGUGA